AUGGCGAUGAUGAUGACUGGCCGUGUGCUGCUGGUGUGUGCCCUCUGCGUGCUGUGGUGCGGUGCCGGCGGUAGAUGUGAUGAGGAGGGGCCGGCAGUUCCUGCCGGUGGUGCCGGACCUCCGCCGGGAUCAAAGGAACUUGGAACGCUUCCACAAGACACCCAAGAAUUAAAAGUUGGAUCACAAGAUAUUAAAGUAAAAGUGCCACCAGCACCUUCCCCAUCUCUAGAGGAAGAUGAAGAUGAAGACAGUAAUCCUAAUGAGGAAGAAGAAACGACGGAAGACACGGAAGAGGAGGAAGAAGAAAAAAUUAAAGCACAAAACGAGACACACGAGGGUAAAAAUAAUGAGGGAGCAUCCAUACCACCGCCACCACCAAUACCAUCGGGAGACCCAACAGCAGAGCGAGGAAACCCACAGAAUCCAAAAAAAGUAACGAACGAAGCCACGCCGUCAGGACCCAAAAUGGAAUUCGAAGCACCGGAACCGCCUUCAGGGGAUGCUACACAAGGGCAGCACAGACAUGACACAGACACAGAGGAUUCGACGAAGAAUGCAGCAGCCGGCAGUCCAGCAGAAAAAACAACAACCUCAUCUACCUCUACAAGUGGCAGCGGUGAUCAUGUCCAGAAUAAAGCAGAGGAGAAUGAUGCUCAAAGCUCUGAAGGACAACACGACAGCCUUGAAACUGGCAAUACCAACGUUGUUCCAACUCUCAGUGAGGAAGCACCACAAACGCCAAAAACAAUCACCGCCGCUCGAAUAAAUGGUACGGCGACGCCUGACGACAGUGACGGCAGCACCGCGGUCUCCCACACCACCUCCCCUCUUUUGCUUCUCCUUCUUGUUGCGUGUGCGGCUGCUGCUGCGGUGGUGGCCGCGUGA